GGUGGUGUUGAACCAGCGUAAGAGACUCGUUCAUCCAAGUCACGGGGUGAUCAUGUGGGGAGCCCCCCGAUGCGGCUAGCGGGAUUAAAGCGGUGGCGGAAAAGCUGUUUAUCCGCCGCUUUUCAGUUUCCUUUCCUGGACAGCAGCAGAAUAGCUUCACUUUACACCAUCGACAAGAACCCUGAAGGGCAUAGGGCGGGCUGGACGGUUUUAAGCUGCCAAAAUGUUUUAUGAUCUGAAUGUGCCGUAUUCCCCUGAUGACCCUGAGAUCCUCCACACGCUGGAGUUUCUUGCAGAAUUGGGCUACACUACUGUCGCCUUGUCUCAAACGAUCACCGGGAAGAUACCCCCCAAUGCUGCCCCGCCUUCUCCUCCAGCAAAUGCUCCCAAGUCUCUCACGCUGCUGUCCCGCGUGAAUAUCCCGCUCGCAGAUCCUUCGCAGAAUCAACGUCUGACGGCCCUGGCUGAGACAUAUUCACUGGUUGCCGUACGACCUACGAACGAAAAGUCACUUCUCAAUGCAUGCAACAACCUGGAUUGUGAUCUGAUCUCACUCGACUUCUCAGAACGUCUUCCGUUCCAUUUCAAAUUCAAGACACUGGCGUCGGCCAUCUCGCGUGGGGUUCGUUUCGAGAUCUGCUAUGGCCCUGGUGUGACUGGAAGCGGCUUGGAAGCACGACGGAAUCUCAUUGGGAAUGCUAUGGCUCUAAUUCGUGCCACGCGAGGAAGGGGCAUCAUCAUAUCGAGUGAGGCCAAGAGGGCACUAGGUGUGCGUGCUCCCUGGGAUGUGAUCAAUCUUGCCUGUGUCUGGGGUCUGUCACAAGAGCGCGGGAAAGAGGCAAUCUGCGAAGAAGCAAGAAAAGUGACUGCGCUGGCAAGAUUGAAGAGAAGUAGUUGGCGGGGUAUAGUGGAUGUGGUCCACGGAGGGGAGAAGCCCAAGAUUGAGCCUGCGAAGACAAAGAAGAGUGCCCCUGCAGUCUCAGAUGCCGCCGAUAGCUUAAAGAGAAAGGCAUCUCUCAGUUCAGAACCGCCAGCAGAGGAGUCCGAGAAGCCUCUGUCCAAGCGUGAGAUGAAACGGAGAGCUAAGAAGGCACGUCUAGAGGCACACGGUCCAGAUGCUCCUUGAUACAAGCGGGCUAUACAGGCGGACUUAAAGGUACGCCAUAACACUACUACAGUUUACAGUCACGAAUCCGAGGGACAGAAACCAGUGCUGCUAGCAUCUAAGCAUGAUGUCACCGGAAUUUCUA